AUGGCAGAGCCCCAGCACGGUCGAACUUACAAUAACGGUCCGUCGCCGUCUGCACGAGAUGCUGCAUUUUCCAACAUCUUUGGUGGACCUCCACCCCCUGGGAGAUCACAAACCAUGAACUCACAGUCUCCUAUGCCGCCACCCUCACGUUCCCAGACAAUGGGCAACGUGCAACGGCCACCGCCUUCUGAUUUUAGCAACGACGGUUACGAACACCAGAAACCUAAUGGAUAUCCGCCGCCCGGACAGCAUCAGCGACCUCCCAACGGCUAUGCACCUCAGGGGAUGCCCAAUGGUGGUGGUGGUGGUGGUGGCGGUGGUGGCUACGGCCGACCUCCACCCCCACAGCACCCGCAGGGCUACCACCAGGGACCUCCACAACCUCAGCAAUACCACCAACAAGCUCCACCGGAACGACGCCCGUACGUUCAACAACAGCGUAUGCCGCCUCCGAGCUUCAAUCGUCCCCCUCCCAAUCGCUUCUACCCACCCUCCGGCCCGGGAGGUCAUCCGGGUCCUGCUAUGAACAAUGAUCCUAAUCGUUCCAGGUCCUUGGCUAGUUAUGGUCCACCUCCCAGUUCUUUCCAUCAGGGGCCUGGGGGUGGGCCUUCUGGACCACCACAUCGCCCUCCACCCCACCAGGUCGUGAACCCUAUGGCUCGCCAAACAGCUCAAGGGCGACAUAUCCCCGAACGUGUCGAUGAACGAUCCAUGUCAAUGACUUCUCCUAUGCCCGACCCUAGAGAUGCUUCAAGGGCACAAACUAUGAGCGGCCGUGUCAUACCCUUCCGAGCUCGGGACACAAGCGAAGAACCGUACAACCCGUCUGCGUCUGAAGGUCGAGGCCCACCGCAGUUUGACAGUCAAUUUCAGCAAUCAUCUGCCAACGCCUACAGAUCGUCGCCUGCGCUAUCGCAACGGAGCUCGAGCAGCACGUUUCCCUCCCGACCGGAGAAUAGGGAUUCGCAGAUGUCUCACAUGUCCUCUGCCUCUCAAAUGUCGCAGAUGUCGCAGAUGUCACAUAAUUCCGUCACCUCAAAUAAUAGUAGUGUUAAACCCCGGACUCCUAGUUAUGCUAGCACCACCUCUAGUGUCACACCGGCCGCUACCCCGACAUCUUACACUCCGACAUCGUAUACUCCUACCUCACAAACACCGGAUUCCGCAAUGGCGCCUAAACAGAAUCAGUCGUCCCAAUCGCGAGCUCAGACAAUGGUUUCCCAGCAGUCGACCAUCCUCACGAUGUCGCGAAGGGCACCGCUGGUCUAUCCUGCCUUGCUUUCUCGUGUUGCAGAUGUCUUCCGUGAAAGGGUACAAAUCGGAGACAGAAUGAAGAACGAACUCACCUAUAAGUCAGCAUUUACCGGAGCUGAGGCCGUCGAUAUGAUCGCGUACAUAAUCAAAACUAGCGACCGGAACCUGGCUCUCCUCCUAGGACGUGCGCUAGAUGCACAGAAGUUCUUUCAUGACGUUACGUACGAUCACCGACUGCGAGACUCCGGCAGCGAGGUUUAUCAGUUCCGAGAGAGGCUCGUUGAUGAAGAUAAGACAGAUGUCAAUGGCGUUUUCACAUUGCUGACGGAAUGUUACUCUCCGACUUGUACUCGAGAUCGACUAUGCUAUUCGAUUGCCUGUCCCCGUCGAUUAGAGCAACAGGCUCGUCUCAAUAUGCAGCCCCUACCUGGUCUUAAGAGAGAAUCCUCCAGGUCUAGUUUGCAUGAUAAUGACGAAAAAGAACAGAAAUUGUGGAUACAUAGUGUCCCCAAGGAAGUUGCUGAAAGUGUUUCUGACUCGGAGAAGAAGAGACAGGAAGUCAUUUGCGAGGUUAUCUACACUGAACGCGAUUUCGUCAAAGAUCUGGAAUACUUGCGUGAUUUCUGGAUGAAACCACUAAAGAGCACUGUUCCUCCGUCACCUAUCGUCGAAUUCAAGCGAGAAAUGUUCAUCAAAAAGGUGUUUUCAAAUAUGCUCGAGGUUCACAGCGUGAACUCCAAACUCGCAGAAGCCCUGACUAAGAGACAACAAAACAACGCCGUGAUCCACAACAUUGGUGACAUCUUCCUAGAAUACGUUCCGCAUUUCGAUCCUUUCAUCAAAUAUGGCGCCAACCAAUUGUAUGGGAAAUACGAAUUUGAGCGGGAAAAGGCAAGCAACCAGGCCUUUGCACGCUUUGUCGAGGAAACUGAACGUAUGAAGGAGUCAAGAAAGUUGGAGCUGAACGGCUAUUUGACCAAACCAACAACCCGUCUUGCAAGAUAUCCCUUGCUUCUAGAGGCGGUUUUGAAGAAUACAGCAGAAGACAAUCCAGACAAGCAAGAUUUGCCUAAGGCCAUCGAGAUGAUCCGUGAAUGCUUGAGCAAGGUCAAUGUUGAAUCCGGAAGGGCGGAGAAUACCUUCAAUCUCAUGCAGCUGGACCAGCAACUUCAAUUUGCACCCGCCGACAAAGUCGAUCUAAAACUUACGGAGGAAGGAAGGCAGCUCAUCUUCAAAGGAAGUUUGAAAAGAAGUCCCACUGAUACUGGAACUGGAGAUAUCCAGGCCUUUUUGUUUGACCAUGCUAUUCUUCUGGUCAAAAUUAAGGUUGUCAACAAGCGGGACCAGUAUAAAGUUUACAAGAGGCCUAUCCCCCUCGAACUUUUAGUUAUCAAUGAGAUGGCCGAAGUCUUGCCCGAGAGAGGCAUUAAACGCCCGCCAUCAUCAUUACUCCCCAAGGCAGGCAACCAGCAAAAGGCUGAUGCUAAUGCCAAGAACGGCUAUUCUAUAACAUUCCAGCAUCUUGGAAAGCGGGGCUACGUUUUGUCUCUAUUUGCCGCGACUGUUGUAGGCCGCCGAAAGUGGAUGGAGCACAUUGAAGCACAGCAAACGGCCCUUCGAGAGCGUAGUAACAUUUUCACUAAGGAGGUUCUCAGUGAUGAUUUCUUCAACUUUGCCACCAACAAAGUCAACUGUUUGGUUCCUAUGGAUGGUGGCCGGAAAUUGGUCUACGGCACGGAUACGGGUAUCUUCGUUUCCGAUAGGCGACCAGGCUCUACCGCACAAGGCGUUCCUAAGAAGGUUAUCGAUAUCCCUCAAGUGUCUCAGGUUGACGUUCUUGAGGAAUACCAGAUACUGUUGGUUCUCUCCGAAAAGACAGCCUAUUCGUUCCCAAUCGAGACAAUCACGGAGCCCGGAGAACCCGCCAUGGCUAGCAAACGCCACAAGCGUAUCCAAGGCCACGUCAACUUUUUCAAGACUGGCGUCUGUCUCGGCCGUGUUCUUGUGUGCUGCGUCAAGAACAGCAGCAUGAGUGCUACAGUUAAGGUCUACGAACCAAUGGAUACCCUUGCAAAGGGACGCAACAAACCCGCUUUUAGAAAGCUCUUGGCUGGCGGCCAGGAUGCAUUAAAACUAUUUAAGGAAUUCUACAUCCCUUCUGAGGCUUCCUCCAUACACUUCCUCAAAUCGAAGUUAUGCGUUGGGUGUGCAAAGGGAUUCGAAGUAGUGUCACUAGAAACUUUGGACACGCAAACCCUCCUAGACCCUGCCGAUACCUCUCUAGACUUUGUACAAAGACGCGAAAACGUCAAACCAAUUGCAAUCUAUCGGUUGAAUGGCGGAGAGUUCUUACUCAAUUACAGCGACUUCUCAUUCUUCGUUAACCGAAAUGGAUGGCGAGCUCGCCCAGAUUGGAGCAUACAAUGGGAGGGCCAGCCCACCGCAUUUGCCCUGCAACCUCCGUACAUUUUGGCUUUUGAGCCUAAUUUCAUCGAAAUCCGGAACAUGGAAAGUGGAGGAAUGAUCCUAUACGCCUACGAAGACGAUGGGGGAGAAGACGUAAUUGCUUCUCUCGAUUUCUGGAAGCAACAGGGACGCGCUUAA